AUAUUUUUAGUUUUUUUUUUUGUUUUUCUGAACUGAUCCAUAAGGAAAUCGAAAUUCAAUGGUUACCACAUACACAAAACAUCAACUGGUCUCUGUCUGAUUCUUCUAUCAGUGUUUCAUAUUUUCACUCACCCUUCAUCAAUGGCACUCUCAGUUUGCAGUGUUGGCCCCUGGAAUCUUAACCCCAAAGCAUUAUCAACACCAUCUUUCUCCUUCAAGUCUCUCAAAUUCCCUCCCUUUUGGCCAACCCAAAAGGUGAAGAUGGGUCCUCUGAGUGUGUCUCCCAUGGGGUUUGGAACUUGGGCAUGGGGCAAUCAGUUUCUCUGGGGGUACCAGGAAUCCAUGGAUAAUGAGCUCCAACAAAUCUUCAACAUGGCUCUGGACAACGACAUCAAUCUCUUUGACACUGCUGAUUCUUAUGGCACUGGAAGGUUAAACGGUCAGAGUGAGAAGCUUCUGGGGAGGUUCAUUCGAGAAUUUCAAGAGAAAAAGGGGAGCAAGCGUGACAUAGUAAUUGCUACAAAGUUUGCUGCAUAUCCAUGGCGCCUUACACCAGGGCAGUUUGUGAAUGCUUGCAGGGCGUCACUAGAUAGAAUGCAAAUUGAGCAAAUUGGGAUAGGACAACUACAUUGGUCAACUGCAAAUUAUGCUCCUUUGCAGGAAUUAGCUCUUUGGGAUGGUUUAGUGGCAAUGUAUGAGAAGGGUUUGGUUAAAGGUGUUGGAGUAAGUAAUUACGGACCAAAGCAGCUUCUAAAGAUACAUGAUUAUCUGAAAGACCGUGGAGUCCCCUUAUGCUCAGCCCAGAUUUCAAUGUUUCAGGUGCAGUUUUCUUUGCUAAGCACGGGGAAAGAUCAACUAGAGAUCAAGAGUAUAUGUGACUCUCUGGGUAUCCGCGUGAUUGCUUAUAGUCCUCUGGGACUUGGAAUGCUUACUGGGAAAUACUCACCAUCUAAACUUCCAAGUGGGCCAAGGGCGUUGCUAUUUAAGCAAAUACUUCCGGGAUUAGAUCCUUUAUUGAGUUCCCUGAGAGAUAUUGCAAAUAAACGGCGGAAAACCAUGUCACAGGUAGCCAUAAAUUGGUGCAUUUGCAAAGGUACAGUUCCAAUUCCUGGAGUCAAAUCAAUUAAACAAGCGGAGGAAAAUUUAGGUGCUCUGGGUUGGCGCCUUUCCUCAGACGAGUUGCUUCGUUUAGAUUAUGCAGCAAACGAAUCACCUCGAAGAAUGAUCCAAAACAUUUUCCAAACCAGAUAAAAUAUGAAGCGAGACCUCAGCACAAGGUGCGGACGGAGAAAAAGCUUACUUUCACUCACUGAAGGUCACAUUCCUUUAUCAGCUGGUAUCAAGAAAGGGGAGUAGAGCUAAUGGAUGCGUUUCAUUUUUACUUGUCCAGGAUAAUUGCCAACUGAUUAACCUGAUUGAGGAUGCCAUACUAUCACUUUUAGGUUUUUGUGAUGGGCCACUAAAAUACAGAAGUAAGAAGCCGCGAUGCCACACAGUCACGUCAUAUAGCAUUGCUUUGUAUUUUCAUUGUUAAAAAUCAUACUGACUUAGAAAUAAUUGUUCAAUGCACAAUAAUAAACUAGGCUUUUAACGAA